AUGCCAAGCCUUUUCAGUCCUAUAUUGACGGUAUUCCCAGAGCGGUGCCACUUCAACCAAUCUCUCAAAAACCAGUUUUCAUACGAGCAGUCUAUCAUCGUUUCGUCCUUCAAAGGCCUCAUGACUGCUAAGUGCGGGAAAUGGAGCGGAAAGGUGGCCUACACAACUAAGGAAAUCAACAGUGUGCUGAAGGCAGUGUCUCUACCCCAGAAGGAUGACGUUCCUAGACAGAGUUACCGAAGUUGGACAAGGGAUACCAUCCCGAUGAUUAAAAAGAAUGGCUUCACGAAGAAGUUUGACAUGGGUUGGUUCAUACAGAAGGUAGAUGAGGAGCAGGCGGCCGAUAUUAUCUUAAAUAAUAUGGACCGACUUGAUACUACUGGACUAACAGCCUUCAAAGAUAUUGUUGAAUGA